AUUAAAUAGAGCUACAAUGGGGAUUACGCAUUUAGCAAAAUUGUUGGCAGAAAGAGCACCUGGUGCAAUCAAGGAACAUGAAAUGAAACUUUAUUUCGGACGGAAGGUGGCAGUGGACGCAUCAAUGAGUAUUUACCAGUUUCUGAUAGCAGUGAGACAGGAUGGGAAUGUUUUGACAAACGAAGCUGGAGAAGUCACUUCGCAUCUGAUGGGAACAUUCUACAGAACCAUACGCAUGAUCGAGAACGGACUGAAGCCAAUAUAUGUAUUUGACGGAAAGCCUCCAGACAUGAAGAGCAAAGAGCUGAGCAAGAGAACUGAGAGGAGAGAAGAAGCGGAAGCUGCUCUGAAGAAGGCGGAAGAGGAGGGCAACGUGGAAGAGAUCAACAAGUUCAACAGACGCCUGGUCAAGGUCACUAGACAUCACAACGAGGAGUGCAAGCAGCUCCUCACCCUAAUGGGAGUGCCUGUCGUGUCUGCUCCCUGCGAGGCUGAGGCACAGUGCGCCGAGAUAGUCAAGUGUGGAAAAGCUUAUGCGAUCGGAACUGAAGAUAUGGACGGUCUGACAUUCGGUUCCACGUAUCUCCUGCGACAUUUGACCGCGAGUGAGUCGAAGAAGCUACCAAUCAGAGAGUACUGCUACAACAAAAUACUGGAGGAGUUGCAGCUGAGCAAAGAAGAGUUCAUUGACCUCUGUAUUUUGAUGGGUUGUGAUUACUGCGAGAGUAUCAAGGGAAUCGGACCAAAAAAGGCACUGGAUUUGAUCACACAGCAUAGGAGCAUUGAGAAAAUUGUCGAAAAUUUGGAUCAAACUAAAUACCCAAUACCCGAAAAUUGGCAAUACACUGAUGCCAGACGUCUCUUCAUAACACCAGAUGUCACGCCAGGUGAAGAGCUGGACAUCAAAUUCCCUGAUGUCGACGAGGAAGGGUUGGUUCAAUUUAUGGUGCAUGAGAAAGGAUUUGCAGAAGACAGAAUCAGAAAUGGGGCGAAAAAGUUAUUGAAGGCUAGACAAGGAACACAGCAGGGAAGACUGGACAGUUUCUUCAAAGCUGUCCCAUCUCCGAUCCCGAAGAAUAAGGCAAAGCACGAGAAAGAAAACUCGAAAAACUCACUGAAGAAAGUGAAGGGCGGAGGCGUGUCUAAGAAGACGCCCAAGAAGCGAUAAACUUUUUUGUACCUUAUUUUUGAAAUAUGCAUUUAUAAUUGAAGUGAAUUUUCAUUUGUGAGAUUAUUAAUGCUGAAUUGUGUUUGUGCUAUUUACGUGCACCUACUGAUGUGUUUUAGAUUUUGUUUUCGUAAUUUAAUUUUAUUGCUCCUA